GGGAUCGAUCUAGUUACUAUCUAGUUAUUACUAUUACUUGGAGCCAUCUUGAUGCCUCACCUUGCCUUAUCACACGCAUAAGGACCAAGUGAGCAUUCAGACUCGCACCAUGGGCGAUUCACAACAACACCAGACGGGGGAGGACCGGAUCAGCCCGCCCUAUGCUCUUUUGUUGCUGCCACCUCCACCCUCGUUGGCAUUCUCCGACUUGAAAGCGGCGUAUGGGUCCACGCUCUCCAAAGUACUCUUGAGGUUGGCAAAAGCUCUCAACGGUGCCAAUCGCAUUGCAAUCCUAGAUGUGGGAGUGACAGUCCCUGGUGCAAUCCCUCCGACAUUUCAACCCAGAGCGAAACUCUUCGCCAAUCUCCAAUAUAUUCUGGCGACUCUGUACACGCUCAUUGGCGCCAUCUGUGCCGCAGAGAAGAUCGAGCUCGAUGGCCCUGGUGGAAUCGAUGUACGAAUCUUUUUUGUCGAUAAUGAUCCAAAGUCACAGUCAUCUCCCCCAGACAGUUCUUCUGGAUCUUCAGUCCUGGGACCAAUUAUUGAUCUGCAGGCUCUGGUGACAUGCGGUCGCGCGUGGGAUGCCAUCUACACACUUAACAGCAAACAAAGUCAAGAUCUGACAGUCCUAUACGGCAAUACGCCUACUUCAGGCCACGGUCGUAGUCAAUUGCCUCCCAUUUCCCCGGUUUCAGACAGCGAGGCAUCGUUAACGCGGAGUGAGGUCCCCAUAGCUGCAGAUACCACUCACUCAGGUCCUCACUACUCAGUAGCUGUUGGAGGCACUUUUGAUCACCUCCAUAUCGGUCAUAAACUCCUGCUCACAGCGACCGCUCUGGCGAUCGAUCCCGUCCCAGAGGGUCAACGCACAGAAAGGCUGAUGACGAUUGGAGUCACAGGCGACGAGUUGCUGGUGAACAAGAAAUACGCAGAGUUUCUGGAAAGCUGGGAUGAGCGAUCGCGAAGUUGCGCAGCCUUUCUAACUGCGAUCAUCGAUUUCUCCCCGCCCGAGAAGUCUGCGCCCCAGGUGGAACAGGCGUCGAAUCCAGAACCCAAUGGGCGGUACACCUUAACCAAAGUGAGCCCUGAUCUGUCUCUUAAAUUAGUACAGAUCUCAGAUCCAUUUGGCCCGACCAUUACAGACAAGGAAAUUACAGCUCUAGUAGUCUCCAAAGAGACACGCUCUGGAGGCAAAGCAGUCAACGAGGAACGAGCCAAGAAAGGAUGGUCCGCUUUAGAGAUAUUUGAAGUCGAUGUCUUGCAAACAGGGGAAAUGGCAGAAAUGGGGACCUCUACUGUUGAAAGCUUCGAGUCCAAGGUCAGCAGCACAGACAUCAGACGACGUCGGAUGGACAUGGCAAAGGGAAAUCUGUAAUCGACAUUCCAGUGAUUCCAGGAUGGAUUAUCAUUCCCUUUGAUGACAAUUCAUGUCUCAUUAUAUUGAACAUUGGUUGACCUGGAAUGUUGUCCUCUUGUGAUACCAUAUAUCAGAACGAAACGAAGCAUAUUGUCAUGCAUUAUAUUCGGAUCCAUUUGUCACAUUAUCCGCUACUUCCCCGAGGCACCAACAGUUACGGUCCUGUCGCUAACAAGUCUAGAGAAGUAGUUACUGUUCCAGGCCUGGCGUUAGAAUCGAGGUCAAGCAGUCUUAGGCUGACUAGAUGGAAUGACCUCGCUACUUAAAGAAGGCGGUCUUGGCGCAUCCUCCCUCUGGAUCAAUUUA